AAUAAUAAAAUUUUAUUUCUCAUCUAAACACCAAGAACGACUCAAUGAUUUUCAACCUGCGAGCUUUGACUGAGACUUCUUCAUGCUGUUGGUCCUUCAAGACUGCCGAUUAAUAGUCAACCUGUCUUUCAAACUUCAAUCCACCUCCGGACAAAACCUAACCUUUUCGUUUUGGGUCCCAAUUUCUCCCCUCUCCCUCAGAUCUCCUCCUCUAUAAAAGCAACCACAUGAACUCAUUGACCACAAAAGUUUCAAGCUUUCUAAUGCUCACUGCACAAUCCAUUAAUUACAGAAUCUAACCCAGUUCAAACGCUUAGCUUCAAGUCAGUCUGAUCUUCAUGGCUAAUGCAAGCAAGGGACAGGUGAAAGUGGUGAUCAUUGACACUCAAUAUAUUGUAACUGAUCCUUUGAGCUUCAAGUCUGUGGUUCAGAGUCUUACUGGCAAAGAUUCUUGCGUUUCUUGGAUAGAAGAGAGCUCGUUCACAGGUGGAAACAGGAAAACAGAAGCCGAUACCAGUGGUAGUUUUGAAAGUUCAGAUAGUGAUGCUGCUAAUGGUGCUGGUGGCGGCGGCGGCAGCAGUGAUGCUGCUGACUGGAUAUUGUCAAAAGGGUUUUCGUUUAAAGACUUGGAUGGAAUGAUUCUGGAGCUGCCUCCAGUGGAGGAGUGGUACCAGUUAUGGACUCAGAAUAAUUUACUUUAAUAUUUUUGUAGCUACAAAUAAUUCACAAUGGGUUAAUUUCAUUUUUUGAAUUAUUAUAUAGGAACAUAUAUAUGAGGUUACGGAAUUUAAUUUAAUUUUUUAUUUUUAAUUAUAUUAUUGUCUUGAUGUAUCUUGAUUAAAUAUAUAUUUUUUAUGGUUCUAAAUUUUGAUGAGAUGUAAGAAAAAAAAAAGACUAAUUAUCCAAAAUGAAUAUUGUGGGAUGUUUGUUGUGGCACCAUGGCAGAUAGAGUUUACCUUUCAUGAGCUGAGAUAGGGGAUAGAGACACGGAGAUAAAUGGUUUGAUUUAAGGUUUAAAAACUGUAAUUUAUUUUUUGAUAUAGUAAUUUCGUUAUAUUUUAUUAUAAUUUUUAUAAUUGAAUGAUAUAGAUUUUAUAUUUUUAUA